GUUUAUUAGUUCGGCUUUUUGGCUGCCAGGAAACGGUUGUCAACGAAGGCGCUUUAUUGAUAUUCCACUAUUACAAAAGGUUGCAAUGGGGAGUGGACUCUUUCCGAAUAAUAUUCACUUGAAUAUUCAUUACAAGGCCCAUUAGGCAGCCUGUCUUCGUGGGACUCCAUGAGUUGGAGUUGAGAUCCGACGCAGCAGUUCACCCAGAGAUUUCAGUAGAUGCAGUUGGGAAAAUGUCUGUGCUUCAGAUUGUAUUUUUGCUGAUCCUGGUCAAUAGCAACGGAUCUCAGAAAACCGAAAUGGACGUGGAUGAGGAUGGAGACCCAGAUCAGUUAGGACCAGAACCCAUCGACGGACGAUCGUUUUUCUUUCUGGGCACCUUGUUUCGGCGCUGGCGUAACCGUUGGAUGGCCUAUCACAAUCCGGACCCCAUUUUCGCCGGCCCCGCUUAUCCCAUAUCUGGGUAUUACAAUUGCCCCGUAUAUGGCUGCAACCCGGCGGCUAUUGGUCCACAACCAGGUUACUACGCUACACCCGCCGGAUUUUACACCAUGCCCCUGAAUCAGCAGCAGGCUCAGGGGAACAGCAAUGUCUAUAUCUAUCAGAGUGAUCAAAAUUCUGCAUCGGCUGGAACUCCCAUUGGAUAUGGGUAUCUCAGUGGGACAUCGCCCAUAAGACCAGCUCCGCCUUUUCCUCCACCACCAACUGGUAUGCCACCGCCUUCAUCCGUUGGUACGGUAACGGCGACCGCAGGUGUGUAUUCUGGACCAGGAGCAGGACCUGGACAACGGCCAGGACCGUUUCCAAUACCCCUACCUCAGCUGGGGUGAAUGGGAAUAACAAGUAGCUGGAGGAAGCGCUCGCCCAAGUAAACAGAGCAGACAAAGUAAAAGAAAACAAUACAAUUUUAAUUGAAAUGUGUGUGUCAAAAAAAGUUA